AUCACCCGCCGCCGGAGGGGUCCACGAUGCAUCCUGAGCCAAUCGCGCUCUACGGCGGAGAGGCGAUGGAUUUAGCAGGCGCCUCGAAGCCCGAUGAGGAGGUGGCUGCCUACCAGAGCAGCGAGGCCAAGCAGGCGAGGCUGCAGUCCAUGGUCGCGGCGCUCCUCGACGACCCCAUUCUAGCCGACCUCCUGAGGAAGCCCCCGCUGGCGGACGUGGACACGCUCAUCAACCUCGAGCUCGGCACCACCAUGAGGGUGACCGUCGUCAAGCUGGAUAACACCUCGUUUGGUAUAAUAUGGCCCUCUUCGAACCCCAUGCACAUUUUUGUCCAAAUCACUUACCGUGAGUUUAUCCCACAUCUCAAUUCGUGUUCCUCUUGUCGUUGGGGUGACUGAUACAGAUGUCGCGGUGUUGAACACUGCUACGCUCAAGGAUUUGAAGCUGGCUAUCAGGAAAUGAUAGUCAGAUUUAUUUGUCUGAAACUGUGGAAGGAUGAAUUCUGACAUCCAUGUCAUCUAAUUCAUUCA